GCAAUCGCGUGCAUGUACAUCGCAAGACGAUGGCUGAACUUCGUGUUUGUCGGUUUUUCGUGAUCCUUGUUCAUCUGGCGGUCGUCUUAGUGCUCGCCCAGAACCCUGUUGAGGAGAAGACUACAUUCGAGGCUGCCUUUCAAGGAAGAUGCGGCCACGGGUCUCCGUGCGAGCAGCUCUGCUACGAACUUCACGACGGGAUGUACGAGUGCGAUUGCAAGGACGGCUACAUUCUUCAUAAAAAUGGAUACAGCUGCGCCGAGCUCAAUUCGACGUCUCCGUCGACAGGCGAAUUCGGUGAAUUAGUGGAAGACCUCGAGAACGACGACUUGAACAAAGACACGAUCGACGACGAAGAUGCUGUUGAGGACAUCCUUUACAUGCGUGGCGCGUCCUUCACGAUACACCUGGACCCGCCACCCGAAAACUCGACCACCAAUUCCACCAAGGUCAACGAAGAAACGAGCCCGGCCUUCGAUCGGGUCGAGCUUCGGGCCACGUCCCAGGGGCCGAACUUGGAGCAGAAGCUGCCCUCGACGAUGGAGAGUAUAGCGAGCACUGAGCCAGCCUGUUCCCUAGAUUGCGGUCCUACGGGAAACUGUUACAUCGAGCAGAGCCGCGGGGAUGACGUGGACCUGGUGGACGACGACGCAGACGAAGCGUCCGACGACGCCUCGAUGGCCGUGGAUCUCGAAGGGAACAACGUGGCUCCGAGACGGAAGCAAGGGUCCUUCAGGCAACGGUGUCAGUGUCCCCUAGGCAGAGGCGGCGAUCGAUGUCAGCUCGGUGAGUGA